AUGGCAGGACACAACAACCCCCUUCUCGUCGACCCCUCUAUCGACCGGUGGGCGGCGAUGCGCGAGAACGUGUACCAGCACUUCAAGUUCUCGCGUGCCAUCACCUACAAGGUUCUGCGGUGGGCUGUCAUCGUCCCCGGCAUCACCUUCGCUGUCGCCUCCAUUUACGACGGCAAGCUCGACUGGGCGGGCAAGCGCCGCGAGGACUCUCUGCUUGCCAACCCACCAAAGAAGGAGGAGGCCCAGGAGUAG